AUGCUUGCACUUCCUCUUCUUGCGCUCCUCUGCUUGUGCCUCCUCUUCUUGCGCUUAGUUUGCUUGUGCUUCCUUUGCUUGAGCUUCCUCUGCUUUUGCUUCCUCUGCUUGCGCUUCCUCUGCUUGCGCUCCUCUGCUUGUGUUUCCUCUGCUUGUGCUUCCUCUGCUUGCGCUUCCUCUGCUUGCGCUUCCUCUGCUUACGCUUCCUCUACUUGCGCUUCCUCUGCUUGCGCUUCCUCUGCUUACACUUCCAUUGCUUGCGCUCCUCUGCUUGUGCUUCCUCUGCUUGUGCUUCCUCUGCUUGCGCUUCCUUUGCUUGUGAUUCCUCUGCUUGCACUUCCUCUGCUUGUACUUCCUCUGCUUGCACUUCCUCUGCUUGCGCUCCUCUGCUUGUGCUUCCUCUGCUUGUGCUUCGUCUCCUUGCGCUUCCUCUGCUUGCGCUUCCUCUGCUUGCACUCCUCUGCUUGUGCUUCCUCUGCUUGUGCUUCGUCUGCUUGCUCUUCCUCUUCUUGUGCUUCCUCUUCUUGUGCUUCCUUUGCUUGUGCUUCCUCUGCUUGCGCUUCCUCUUCUUGUGCUUCCUCUGCUUGCGCUUCCUCUGCUUGUGCUUUCUCUGCUUGUGCUUCCUCUACUUGUGCUUCCUCUGCUUGCGCUUCCUCUCCUUGCGCUUCCCGUGCUUGCAAUUCCUCUGCUUGCGUUCCUCUGCUUGUGCUUCCUCUUCUUGUGCUUCCUCUGCUUGAGCUUCCUCUGCUUGGGCUUCCUCUGCUUGUUCUUCCUCUGCUUGUGCUUCCUUUGCUUGAGCUUCCUGUGCUUUUGCUUCCUCUGCUUGCGCUUCCUCUACUUGCGCUCCUCUGCUUGAGCUUCGUCUGCUUGCGCUUCCUCUGCUUGCACUUCCUCUGCUUGCGCUUCCUCUGCUUACGCUUCCUGUGCUUGCGCUUCCUCUGCUUCCGCUUUCUCUCCUUACACUUCCUCUGCUUGCGCUCCUCUGCUUGUGCUUCCUCUGCUUGUGCUUCCUCUGCUUGCACUUCCUUUGCUUGUGAUUCCUCUGCUUGCUCUUCCUCUGCUUGUGCUUCCUUUGCUUGCACUUCAACUGCUUGCGCUCCUCUGCUUGUGCUUCCUCUGCUUGUGCUUCCUCUCGUUGCGCUUCCUCUGCUUGCGCUCCUCUGCUUGUGCUUCCUCUGCUUGUGCUUCGUCUGCUUGCGCUUUUUCUGCUUGUGCUUCCUCUUCUUGCGCUUCCUUUGCUUGUGCUUCCUCUGCUUGCGCUUCCUCUGCUUGUGCUUCAUCUUCUUUUGCUUUCUCUGCUUGAGCUUCCUUUGCUUGUGCUUCCUUUGCUUGUGCCUCCUCUGCUUGCGCUUCCUCUGCUUGUGCUUCGUCUGCUUGUGCUUCCUUUGCUUGAGCUUCCUCUGCUUUUGCUUCCUCUGCUUGCGCUUCCUCUGCUUGCGCUCCUCUGCUUGUGCUUCCUCUGCUUGUGCUUCCGCUGCUUGCGCUUCCUCUGCUUGCGCUUCCUCUUCUUACGCUUCCUCUACUUGCGCUUCCUCUGCUUGCGCUUCCUCUGCUAACACUUCCUCUGCUUGCGCUCCUCUGCUUGUGCUUCCUCUACUUGUGCUUCCUCUGCUUGCGCUUCCUUGGCUUGUGAUUCCUGUGCUUGCGCUUCCUCCGCUUGUGCUUCCUCUGCUUGCACUUCCUCUGCCUCCGCUCCUCUGCUUGCGCUUCCUCUCCUUGCGCUUCCUGUGCUUGCACUUCCUCUGCUUGCGCUCCUCUGCUUAUGCUUCCUCUGCUUGCGCUUCCUCUGCUUGUGCUUCCUCUGCUUGCACUUCCUAUGCUUCUGCUUCCUCUGCUUGGGCUCCUCUGCUUGUGCUUCCACUGCUUGUGCUUCCUCUGCUUGCGCUUCCUUUGUGCUUCCGCUACUUGUGCUUCCUCUGCUUGUGCUUCUUAUACUUGCGCUUCCUCUGCUUGCGCUUCCUCUCCUUGCGCUUCCUGUGCUUACGCUUCCUCUGCUUGCGCUCCUCUGCUUGUGCUUCCUCUGCUUGUGCUUCCUCUGCUUGUGCUUCCUCUGCUUGCGUUUCCUCUGCUUGUGCUUCCUCUGCUUGCACUUCCUAUGCUUCUGCUUCCUCUGCUUGGGCUCCUCUGCUUGUGCUUCCACUGCUUGUGCUUCUUCUGCUUGCGCUUCCUGUGCUUGUGCUUCCUCUGCUUGUGCUUCCUCUGCUUGCACUUCCUCUGCUUGCGCUUCCUCUGCUUGCGCUCCUCUGCUUUUGCUUCCUCUGCUUGUGCUUCCUCUGCUUGCGCUUACUCUUGUUGUGCUUCCACUACUUGUGCUUCCUCUGCUUGUGCUUCCUCUACUUGCGCUUCCUCUCCUUGCGAUUCCUCUCCUUGCGCUUCCUGUGCUUACGCUUCCUCUGCUUGCGCUCCUCUGCUUGUGUUUCCUCUGCUUGUGCUUCCUCUGCUUGUGCUUCCUCUGCUUGUGCUUCCUCUGCUUGUGCUUCCUCUGCUUGUGCUUCCUCUCCUUGCGCUUCCUCUGCUUGCGCUUCCUCUGCUUGCACUCCUCUGCUUGUACUUCCUUUGCUUGUGCUUCGUCUGCUUGCUCUUCCUCUUCUUGUGCUUCCUCUUCUUGUGCUUCCUUUGCUUGUGCUUCCUCUCCUUGCGCUUCCUCUUCCUCUGCUUUUGCUUCCUCUGCUUGCGCUUCCUCUUCUUGUGCUCCUCUGCUUUUGCUUCCUCUGCUUGUGCUUCCUCUGCUUGCGCUUCCUCUGCUUGCGCUUCCUCUGCUUACCCUUCCUCUGCUUGCGCUUCCUCUGCUUGCGCUUCGUCUGCUUACCCUUCCUCUGCUUGCGCUCCUCUGCUUGUGCUUCCUCUUCUUGUGCUUCCUCUGCUUGCGCUUCCUUUGCUUGUGAUUCCUCUGCUUGCGCUUCCUCUGCUUGUGCUUCCUCUGCUUGCACUUCCUCUACUUGCGCUCCUCUGCUUGUGCUUCCUCUGCUUGUGCUUCCUCUCCUUGCGCUUCCUCUGCUUGCGCUUCCUCUGCUUGCACUCCUCUGCUUGUACUUCCUUGCUUUUGCUUCGUCUGCUUGCUCUUCCUCUUCUUGUGCUUCCUCUUCUUGUGCUUCUUUUGCUUGUGCUUCCUUUGCUUGCGCUUCCUCUGCUUGUGCUUUCUCUACUUGUGCUUCCUCUACUUGUGCUUCCUCUGCUUGCGCUUCCUCUCCUUGCACUUCCUAUGCUUGCACUUCCUCUGAUUGCGCUCCUCUGCUUGGGCUUCCUCUGCUUGUGCUUCUUCUGCUUGCGCUUCCUCUGCUUGUGCUUCCUCUGCUUGUGCUUCCUCUGCUUGCGCUUCCUGUGCUUGUGCUUCCUCUUCUUGCGCUUCCUUUGCUUGUGCUUCCUCUGCUUGCGCUUCCUCUGCUUGAGCUUCUUUUGCUUGUGCUUCCUUUGCUUGUGCCUCCUUUGCUUGCGCUUCCUCUGCUUGUGCUUCGUCUGCUUGUGCUUCCUUUGCUUGAGCUUCCUCUGCUUUUGCUUCCUCUGCUUGCGCUUCCUCUGCUUGCGCUCCUCUGCUUGUGCUUCCUCUGCUUGUGCUUCCUCUGCUUGCGCUUCCUCUGCUUGUGCUUCCUCUGCUUGCGCUUCCUCUGCUUGCGCUUCCUCAGCUUGCACUUCCUCUGCUUGUGCUUCCUCUGCUUGCGCUUCCUCUGCUUGUGCUUCCUCUUCUUGUGCUUCCUCUGCUUGAGCUUCCUCUACUUGUGCUUCCUCUGCUUGUGCUUCCCUUGCUUGCGCUUCCUCUGCUUGUGCUUACUUUGCUUGUGCUUCCUUUGCUUGAGCUUCCUCUACUUUUGCUUCCUCUGCUUGCGCUUCCUCUGCUUGCGCUCCUCUGCUUGUGCUUCCUCUGCUUGUGCUUCCUCUGCUUACGCUUCCUUUGCUUGCGCUUCCUCUGCUUGCGCUUCCUGUGCUUGCGCUUCCUCUACUUACGCUUCCUCUGCUUGUGCUUCCUCUGCUUACGCUUCCUCUGCUUACGCUUCCUCUACUUACGCUUCCUCUGCUUACGCUUCCUCUGCUUGCGCUCCUCUACUUGUGCUUCCUCUGCUUGUGCUUCUUCUGCUUGCGCUUUCUUUGCUUGUGCUUCCUCUGCUUGCGCUUCCUCCGCUUGUGCUUCCUUUGCUUCCACUUCCUCUGCUUGCGCUCCACUGCUUGUGCUUCCUCUACUUGUGCUUCCUCUCAAUGCGCUUCCUCUGCUUGCGCUUCCUCAGCUUGCGCUCCUCUGCUUGUGCUUCCUCGGCUUGUGCUUCGUCCGCUUGCGCUUCCUCUGCUUGUGCUUUCUCUGCUUGCGCUUCCUUUGCUUGCGCUUCCUCUCCUUGCGCUUCCUCUUCUUGUGCUUCCUCUGCUUGCGGUUUCUCUUCUUGUGCUUCCUCGGCUUGCGCUUCCUCUACUUGCGCUUCCUCUGCUUGCGCUUCCUUUCCUUGCGCUUCCUCUGCUUGUGCUUCCUCUGCUUGUGCUCCUCUGCUUGCGCUUCCUCUACUUGUGCUUCCUCUGCUUGCGCUUCCUCUGCUUGUGCUUCCUCUGCUUGUGCUUCCUCUGCUUGCGCUUCUUUGCUUGUGCUUCCUAUGCUUGUGCUUCCUCAACUUGCGCUUCCUCUGCUUGUGCUUCCUCUGCUUGCGCUUCCUCUGCUGUUGCUUCCUCUGCUUUUGCUUCCUCUUCUUGCGCUUCCUGUGCUUGUGCUUCCUCUUCUUGCGCUUGCUCUCCUUACGCUUCCUCUGCUUGUGCUUCCUCUGCUUGCUCUUUCUUUGCUUGCGCUUCCUGUGCUUGAGCUCCUCUGCUUGUAAUUCCUCUGCUUGGACUUCCUCUGCUUGUACUUCCUCUUCUUGUGCUUCCUCUCCUUGCGCUUCCUUUGCUUGUGCUUCCUCUUCUUGCGCUUCCUCUGCUUGCGGUCCUCUGCUUGUGCUUCCUCUGCUUGUGCUUCUUGCUUGUGCUUACUUUGCUUGCACUUCCUCUGCUUGUGCUUCCUCCACUUGCGCUUCCUCUACUUGCGCUUCCUCUGCUUGCGCUUCCUCCUCUUGCGCUUCCUCUGCUUACGCUUCCUCUGCUUGUGCUUCCUCUGCUUGCUCUUCCUUUGCUUACGCUUCCUCUGCCUGCGCUCCUCUGCUUUUGCUUCCUCUACUUGUGCUUCCUCUGCUUGCGCUUCCUCUGCUUGUGCUUCCUCUACUUGCGCUCCUUCUACUUAUGCUUUUGUGCUUGCGCUUUCUCUGCUUGCGCUCCUCUGCUUGUGCUUCCUCUGCUUGCAAUUCCUCUGCUUGCGCUUCCUCUGCUUGA